AUGGUUUUCGAAUUCAGGCAAUACGAACCUCCGCAGUUCAGGCCACAAAAGUUAAAGAGGAAACAACAUGCAGUUUCUUUGCCUCCAAAAUGCACCCAGAUCUCGAAUACGGCUGAGAAUCUUAAUAAUAUAUGGCCUCCCCAGUAUGCUCAGGAGACUUUGGACGAGAUCACCGAUAAGACUUCUGGCUCACCUGAUGAGCUCCCACCGAUUGAAGAGCUCAACACUAGCGCCAAGCCAAGCGUGCCGAGCACUUCUACUUCGCUAGACGAUAUAACUAGUUCGCCUUCCCAUGUCCAGGCAGAUGGUAAUUCUGAAAUUAGUAGCAAGUCUCACGAUUAUGCCAUUAUUAUCGAUAAAGAUACAAAUUGGGAUCAGAAUAUCAAGAGUAGCAGGCCUCCGCAGUCUCUGGACAUAACUUUCUUGGCACCUACCAACAGCUGUCUUAACGCGUCAGUCAAUAUUGUCAAGAAAGAUAUAUAUAAUAAAGAGCCCUCUGCUGCCGAGGAGCUGUUGCAUGCACAAAUCGAGUCGGAUCCCGCUCCUAUAUAUGACGAAACUGCCAAUCCCCCGACAGACUCUUCUAUUGAGGCACUGUACCUGGCUCCUGCUACUCAGAUAAGUAUUAAGAUAGCUAGUCUCCAGAACAGCGGUACAGAGGCAAGGAAUGAGCAUGCUAGUAUAAGUCCGUCCGCAGAGGAUCCUCCCACCCCUCCGGUAGUGGAUAAAAUAUCCGAGGAUAAAUGGGAAGCUGUCGAAAUCAUAGGCGAAGAGUUAAUCAACAGGAAGCUAUACUACACAGUGGAGUGGAAACCAACACCUGUACCAGAGGAGAACUGUAUAAACAUAAGGGAGCUGAUUAAGGAGUGGAAGAAGUCAAAGACACAUCAACAGAAAGGAGGCAAGAGGACUGGGAGCCAGACCGCUCAGCUCGCACAAGAAGCUGGAGUUUUCAAAAAGGCUACAAAGAGUCAUAGACAAGGAAAGAUGAGCAACAACAACAAGGACUCUACAAAAAGGCCCCGUGGCCGCCCACGCAAGAUAUAG